UCCCUUAAAUGCCGCAUAUGUUUCCUGUUGUGCUGUUUGUUGAUCGAAGGUCAGUGGCACUGUGUCAUAAAGUAAAUAUUUUGAAAUGUACAAACUUAUUGAAAAUGUAGCUUUAAAUACUGCACUUGAUGAAAGAGUGCACAAUGAGAUGGUGAUGUUCACUAAAACAAUUUUGUUAUGGGGAAAUGAAACAUAGACAAUGGAUGAAAGGAACGGUGAUUGUUUUGAAAACCAUGAAGACCUGUUUGCACCUCUAAGUGUGUCAGAUUCUGAGCAUGAUUGCUUGAAGGACUUCCUGUUGGAGCCUCCAGAGGUGCAGCCGCCGGUUUUGCCUCCGCAACAGGUCCUACCUUUACCCACCCCAUCUCUUCAGCAGGACUUGCAUUGGAACAACGGCCAAGUGUUCCCUGCAUGUAGUGUCGAUAUCGAACGAUGUUUGUUACCAGUUAAUAAUAAUUACACACCGGAGUUAGAUCAAGUACCUGUUGCCAAUGGCGAUUGUUGGAGCCCGAUUGCUUUCACCGCCAGUGCGAGUGAACGUACUGUCAGUUCGGACUGUGUCAGUUCAGAAACUAUGUGUUCGCCGAGCGAAGGCACUAGCGACAGUCCGUCACCCUACAAGGCCUGCACCAGUGUCGAAGAACCUCAGAAAAAGAGGGGGAGGAAGCGGAAGGCCGGCUCUUCUCGAGGUCGGUUUUGCACGACUGUAACCACGUAUCAGUCGCAAAUAUCCCCUGACCAAAAUGGAAUUAAAAUUAGGAUUAAAAAAUCUUUGACUGAAGUUCCUCAGAAGGUUAAGAAGAAAAAAGUUAAAGUUGUUGUGGAAGAUGAUUAUGUCGAACCCACCGAGCAGAGCCCUUGGGGCGACAAGAUUCCUCAUUUCAUCCUUCACAACAUUUUUAAAAUGGUUACAAAAAUUGAAGGCUGUGUCCCAUUUCUUGUAAGAGUAUCGAGGGUAUGUCGAUUAUGGAGGGAAGUUGCGAUAUCGCCGCGCUUGUGGCAGCAUGUGGAUCUUGCCAGUUUUUGGGUCAAAGACCGGGCCAAGAAUGAUCUCAAAUUCCGUUGGUUGUGUGAAAACCGGCUUGCACUGGUCCACGACCUCAAUAUCGGAGGAUGGGAAUUUGAUGGAAUACCAAGUAUUCUAGACAAAAUGGCAUCUUCCUGUGGCGAGCUGAGAGGGAUCAGCCUUGCCGGCUGGCAAGGCCUUAGCAUCGACCACGUUAAAUUUUUGAUCGCCCAUUGCCCUAAAUUACAGAGGCUUGAUUUAUCGGCGAUCAAUCUUGAAAUGGGAAACCCUAAAAGCGCAGUUUCUAUGCUUUCUUUGGUUAACCUGGCUCAAGAAAUGAGCGGACGGCUGACUCAGUUAAUUUUGUCAGACAAUAAACUGUCUGGAAUUCCACAAAUAAUUUCUGCUCUUUCUACAAAUUGCCCGAAUCUCCAAGUUCUGGACUUAUCUAAUGUAAGGACUGUAUCACACACAACUGUGCAACUGCAUAUUGAAAAGCUGCAACAGGGUUGCCCCAAGUUGAGAGUGCUGAGGAUAACCAACAGCCAAGUUAUCCUUUCUUCAGUCUCUCUCAAAGAACAAAGUCUCUCAGAAGGAUUUCCUCUCCUCGAAGAACUUAGUGUGGCCGGAGUCGUUGAAAAUAUGUCGACUAAACCCGUCAUCGAUGAUGACGGACUACUCAGAAUACUCAAGUCUUCUCACAAAUUGAGACUCUUGGAUGUUAGGGGGUGCACAAGGGUUUCAGAUUCCUCAAUCGUCAGAGUUCCUGCAUGGGAUCUUGAACAUCUAUUCCUAUCAGGUUGUAAUGUGACAAGAGUCAACGAUUCUGGCCUGGAGCUGAUAUGUCAAAAAUGGGCGCAUAGCCUUGUAGAGGUCGACCUCGGCUGGUCAACAGCCACAGAACCUCUUGAUGCAGCAGUUUCUGCACUUGCAGAACACGCUGAAAAAUCUCCAUUAAGGGUUCUCAAUCUUUGCGGCUCAUCGGUGACGGUGGAGCCGGUGAGAGCGGUGCUGACGCGCUGCCCCCUUCUGACAUCUCUCAACCUCACCUCGUGCCGGGCAAUGCCUCGAGGGAUCAAACGCCUCUACGAAGGACCUGCUCUGAAUCAGCUGAAGGAAACCAUGCUAAAAGAACAUUUAUCUUCGGAAUAAGUAUUUUACUUGUUUUAGUUUUUAGAAUUUGAAAGGAAAAACACAAAAAAAGGUGAGAAAAGAUGAAAGACGCAUACAACAUGCAAGACUGCAAGUGUUGUGCAAGAAAAAACUGUGCUGUGUUAUCUUGUCAUUAACACAAUUCUAGUGACUUCUGAGAGACGUUUUUAUCAAAUUUACAUUUUGACAUAGACAAUUUUUAUUUAUUUUUGUUUUUAUUUUACAUCACUGAAGG